ACAAUUUAUUUGACUUAAAAAAUGGAAAAUGUGCGGACGCUUGACUUGGAUAAGAUCUGUAGAACGUGUCUGACUGAAAAUAAGGACAUGUUUUCGAUUUUUAGCCAAUUGUACGAAGUGCACUCACAGGAGAGUGAUAUUCCGUGUAUUGACGAGAUUUUAUCGAAAAUUUCAUCAAUUAAGGCUGUGCGUAAUGACGGUUUCCCGUCUUUAAUUUGCACCAAAUGUAUCGAUUUGGCACACACUUCGUUCAAUUUCCAAAAACUGUGCAACCGGUCGCAAAAUAUCCUCGAAACGUUUGUUAAACAACAACCGGAGACGAGUAUUAAGCUUGAGAAUGUUGAGAAAAAUGAGUUUCUGGUCGUUGAACGAGCGUCUGAUGAAGAGUCGGAUAAAGCGGACGUGCCAGGGCAGGCAAAUGAGGAGGAAAAAAAUUUUGCGUGCACAAUUUGCGAGAAAAGCUACAAAUUUGCGAACAGUUUGCGCGUCCAUAUGCGCAACCACUCGGAGGAGAAGCCCUACGAGUGUAAAACGUGCGGUAAAUGUUUUAAACAGUACGGUUCGCUUGUCUACCACCAGCGGAGUCACACAGGUGUGCAGCCUUACGUGUGCAAAACUUGUGGUAAAAAGUACAAACAAUCGGGGACUCUGACGGCCCACAUGAGGGUGCAUACGGGGCAGAGGCCCUUCCUGUGCUCGAUCUGUGGCAGGGGGUUUAGACAAGCGGCCGAUUUGGGGUACCAUAUGAGGUCGCACACGAAAGAAAAGCCCUACAUGUGCAACAUUUGCGGUAAGACGAUGUCAAUGCAGUCGCACUUGGUGCAGCAUUUGCGGACGCACACGGGGGAAAGACCGUACAAAUGCGAUGUGUGUGGGAAGGCGUUUCCGUCGUCGACUCGGCUCAAAAGACAUGCGAUUAUCCAUACUAGUCUCAAGCCGUACACUUGUGAGGUUUGUGCGAAAAGUUUCAACAGGAUGAGUAGUUUGAAGGUUCAUGUUAAAGUGCAUACGGACGAAAGGUCGCAUGUUUGUCCCAUUUGUAGCAAAGGGUUUAUACAAGCGCAGGCACUAAGGUCGCAUUUGGGGUCGCAUUCGUCCGAACUAAGCGUUAAACCAGCUCAGGGUUUUUAAUAAAAAAUAUUUGUGAAGA